UUGCUUUGCUUUGUCUUACAGGUUGGUGCAGAUUUAGUGACUGUUUUAACAACCGAAAAUGCAGCACCUGUUAUAAAGGCUUAUAGUCCUGACCUUAUUGUUAUACCGCACCAUUCCGUUAAUAUAAGUAAAAUUAUACCAAAAAAUGAUUUAGUUGUUAUUGGUCCUGGAUUAGGAAGAUCUGAAGAAGCUUUAAAUUUUGCCUACAAUGUUAUCUCACUUUGUAAAGUAUUGAAAAUUCCAUUAGUAAUAGAUGCUGAUGGGUUAUAUGCAGUUUAUAAAAAUAUUUCUAUAUUAAAAGAUUAUCCUAAUCCAGGAAUCAUUUUGACUCCUAAUAAAGCUGAAGCUAAGAGAUUGCAAGAUGCUAUUGGCGUAACUCAUGUGCCUUGGUAUAGAUACUGGGGUGAUUAUGUUACAGUCUUAGAAAAAGGAGAAACAGAUCAAUUUCAUUCUAGUCAGUCUAAAUAUAGUUGGUCUCUCCAAGAAGGUGGUUCUGGACGUCGUGCUGGCGGUCAGGGUGACAUUUUGUCGGGGGCGAUGGGAACUUUUUUUAAUUGGGCGAUUAAAUCUGAUAUCUGUGGCGAACUUAAAUCUUUCGAAUUAGCACCAAGUGUUGCAUCAUACGCAGCAGCAAAAUUCACAAGACUUUGUAACUUUAAAGCAUACAAAUCGAAUGGACGCAACAUGAUUGCUUCCGACAUGUUGAAAGAAAUUCAUUCUUCAUUCGACGAUUUAUUUUUAUAG